AUGGCGCGAAAAAAGCGUUAUCUCUUCCAUGCACUUGGUGCGCUGUUCAUUGCCGCCGUCACAGCGUCUGCAGGUCAAUGGACAGCGAGUGGCUCAGCUGUCCGGCGCCGUCUCCUUUCGUUCGACGAGAACACGCAUCAGGCGACUGUGGACGCGGUCAAACAGCGUGAAGUCGUCGCAGUCGUCGCCGUGGCCGACCCGGUUCCUUCACCUGGCCCUGCUAUGUUCCAAAGUCGCAAUGACAGAGACGGGACACGGACGGAACAAGAGCCAGGGACGACCUCAACCCGUCGCGACAAGAAAAGAAGAAAAAAAAAGAACACGGAAAAGCAGAAGAGGCCGACGGCAAAAAAAGAGACGAGGCAGAAGGACGUUGAAGCUGAAGCGAGGUUGCAUAACCAGGCGGAUGCGGCGAUAUUCGAAGCGUUGAACCAUGACGAGGUUGGAGCUGAGGCAGCAGUAGAUGGCGGGGAGCGCGAGAUGGGGACGUUGGAGAAGGUGCCACUACCGGAGGUCUCGGUUGCAACAGGAGCUCCUGUGCCAGUCUGGAUGGAUGCUCCAGAGUAUCUACCGACUUCAGUGUCAAGGGAUGGGUUGGAGGCGGGGACGUUGCAUGCGAAGGACAUUCCUGGGCCAAAAGCACGUGCGACAGAGACGGCGGCAGAGGUCGGUGGGUCACUGCCUGCAUUACAAAGCAGCAGACCUCGUGGGGUUGCGAGUUUCGGAGUUGAGAAUGGGGAGGCUGCCACUACUGAAGCUGGCUCGGCGUUAGGAGACUUGGUAGCACCUCGACUGCCAGUUGCCUUGACAGCAGAAAUAAGAGAUAGUACUCCCUUGGUUAUAGCGAACGCGUCAGCUGGGGUGACUGCUGCAUCAUUGGACUUGCCUGACGCAAGGAAUGAAACAGUGACGGGAUUGGUAACGAGAGGAAGCAAAGAUACUGCUAGUCCAGGGCAAGUUCACGCGAACUCAAGUGCUGACGCUGGUGUAAGUGGAUUAUUGGGGACCGCGGGUACCGAGGACUCGAAUUCAUUGCCUUCUCUGGGCCGCGACAGGGAUAUUACAGAGGAGGCGAGCAGUAGCAGUAACGAUAACAGCCCGGCCAAUAGUGCAAACAGCUACCGGAGUGGAGUAAGGAAAGACCCUGGUAGCCACAACGGUGAAAACAGCGACAAGAGCAGGUUCAGGAGCGGGGUAACGAAGGAUACUGGAAGUUACGAUGGCGAAAGUGGCGACGAAAGCAGUGGCAGCAGUGGCCUUGAAGUGCUUUUGAAUCCUGGUGGCGUGUCUGACGUCAACACGAGUACUGCCGCUUUCUACAGCCUUGGCACGGGGUCGAUCGUCGCUGUUGUCGGUGUCGUCGUGAGCAUCGUAGGACUCUUGGUGCUUUUCGUACUGAUCGGCCGGAAGAAUUACACUGAUGAAGAUGACGAAAGCCCGCUUCCGUAUAGAUACAGCAUGACAAUGCACUCGGUUUCUCGGCUCUCACCGACCUUCCUGGAAGACGACUUGCCUAUGGAUGACGGCUACAACGACACUAUUCUCACGGCUAGGGUACCUUCGUAUCACUUUGACAGUGCAUCGUCAACAAGUGGUGAAAGCUCCGAUGAGGUCCCGUCACUCCGUGGUGAUAUGAUUGCAGGCAAACAUCGCGACCUUCUGGAUGACAAUGGCGUCUGGAGUCGCAUGCCGCCCAUGCAGAGCAUCAACGGAGACGUGGACGUGGAUACUGGAAACGUGCGGAUAUCUGCAUUGUACUCAGCAGGAUCAUCUAUGACAAGCAGCAGUGGAAUCAGCGGGUCGUGGAGCUCCGUACUGGCUUCCGAUCUUGAGCAGUCUACUACCCGCGACACGCGAGACACCUCACUGAGUGCGUGGUCUGUGACCGACUCAUCUCUUGGCAGCAGCUUUGCUAGCGGCGCAUCUGGAAUGCAUUGUAUGAACGGAUCGUCGCCCGUUGAUGGUCACGAUGCAAGUGGCAGUACCCAGAUCUGCUCUUCUUCGCACUUUUCCGAUUAUGCCCUGGAGUCGACUCGUGUCAAUGCAAGACCUACUGGAAUCAACAGCAGCGUCGACAGCACGGAUGUGUGA